AUGUUAACUGCUUUAUUACCUGCUCUAAUCUCGACGCUCGUCGUAGUUGUAGCACUACUCCUGUUUAUACGAGCAGCAGCAGCAGCAGCAGCAGUAUUCAUGAUCAAGAAUAAUGCUGGCGCUGGCUCCUCCACGCCGUCUCUCCCACCGGGCCCGUCGAAGCUCCCGCUGAUCGGCAGCAUCCACCACCUGAUGGCCACCGGCGGCGAGCUACCCCACCACACCCUCACCCGUCUCGCCCGCGAGCACGGCCCGGUGAUGCACCUCCAGACGGGGCAGGUCGGCCUCGUCGUCGUCUCCUCCCGCGAGGCGGCCAGGGAGGUCAUGAAGGUGCAGGACGCCAACUUCGCCCACCGCCCGGAGCUCACGGGGCCCAAGGCCCUCCUCUACGGCUGCGCCGACGUCGCCUUCGCCUCCGGCGGCCCCCACUGGCGCCGCCUGCGCAAGAUGUGCGUCGUCGAUCUCCUCUCCUCAAGCCGGGUCAGGUCCUUCGAGCCCGUACGGAGGGAGGAGACGCGUGCUCUCGUGGGCAGGAUCGCCGGGCAGCCGCCGGGCACGGCCAUCUACCUCCGGCCCAUGCUCGAGGCCCUGAGCAGCGCCGUCGUCAGCAGGACGGUGUUGGGCGAGACGGUCGAGCACAGGGGCGCCAUCUUGAAGGAGGGCCUCAAGCUCACGUCGGCGUUCAGCCUGUCGGACCACUUCCCGUCGCUGAGCUUCCUCGACGUCCCAAUGCGGCUCCGGCUGCGGCGGGUGCACCGCCAGGUCGACGAGCUCUUCGAGGACAUCAUUGGAGAGCGCAAGAAGAAGCUCCGGCAGGAGAAGUUGAAGCGGCAGGAGAAGUCCAAGGACACCGCCGAGAACAUGCUUGAUGUGCUUCUCAAUGCUAUGGAACAGCCAGACAUGGAGGUGCCAAUUACGCAAGACAACAUCAAGGCUGUGAUCAUGGACAUGUUUGUUGGUGGGACGGAGACAUCGUUAACAACGAUAGAGUGGGCAAUGGCAGAGCUGAUCAAGAACCCCAAAGAGAUGGCCAAAGUCCAGGAGGAGGUGAGGACGAAAACGAAGGUGGGAGAGACACGCACACACCUAGGAGACAACGAUGUCGGGCAGCUCCGCUACCUCAAGCUCGUCGUCAAGGAGACGCUCCGGCUGCACAUGCCGGCGCCUCUACUAGUCCCCAGGGUUUGCAAGGAGCAGUGCCGUCUCGGCGGCUACACGAUCCCGGCCGGCAGCAGGGUGGUGAUCAACGCGUGGGCUAUGGGCAGGGACCCCAGCUACUGGGAGGAUGCAGAGGCGUUCCGUCCGGGGAGAUUCCUCGACAGAGACGUCGACUACAAGGGGACAAGCAGCUUCGAGUUCCUGCCGUUCGGCGCCGGCCGGAGGAUCUGCCCCGGAAUAGAAUUUGGGCUCGCCGGCAUCGAGUUUUGCUUGGCUCAGCUCCUCUACCAUUUCGACUGGAAGCUUCCCGAUGCCAUGGCGUCCGAGGACCUUGACAUGACUGAGACAUCAGUUGGUGUAUCGGUAGUCCGGAAGGAGCCACUGCGGUUGAUCCCCGUUAUACACGCUCCUCUUGAUGAGCUCAAGUGUUAG